CCCGCGCAAAAUGAGCACUUGGUUUUCCUCCGUGUUUUCGCGUGGGUGCGGAUAAAGCGUGUGAUAUCAGCUGUGACCCACAACAUCCAAGGAACACUAUUUUAUCUGAUUUUUAUUAAAAUCUGCAAGAUUCGCUUUACGCAAAACAGCAGCAACAUGGUCGGCCCGGGUAACUCCUUGUGACUAGUCGUCCCAGAAAGUAACAAUUGUGCCCCGAACCAUCGGGGACCAAACGCAAGAACGCCUUCCGAAUUCGACCGCGGUAAUACGGAACUCGCAACGCUUUGCAAGGUGUACCCCGUGAGCCCUGUAACAGGGCCAGGAGCAGCGAAAUCAGUAUGGGAGUUAAGCCCGGAUCCCGACAUGGUCGGGCAUCUACCGAACAAUCCAAUAUCUGGUGCUCAUCAAAAUCAGGGCAUGAUCAAAGGAAGCGGACAUCAGAGGAGGAAUGGACCUGACGACAAUAUAUACACGGAUGUUGCAACUCCUGGACAAGGUCCGACCGAAGAGACCAAAAGAAUAUUUGAGUUACUCAGAGCCGGGGACACGCAGACCGUUGAAGAACUGAUAGAAAAGACUGGCCUAAGUAUUCUGAGUUCGAGAGACGAAUGGGGCUACACGCCAGCUCAUUGGGCUGCUCUGGAUGGCAACGUUGAAGUGAUGCGUUAUUUGGUGGAGAGGAACGGACCAGUGGACCUUUCGUGUCUCGGGACCCAAGGACCGAGGCCGAUACAUUGGGCAUGCAGAAAAGGCCACAGCGCGAUAGUUCAGAUACUCCUCAAAGCCGGUGUAGCCGUAAACGCUGCAGAUUUCAAAGGUCUCACGCCCUUGAUGACGGCUUGCAUGUUCGGAAAAUUCGCCACUGCCGCAUUUUUACUGGGCGCAGGUGCUCUCGGUCAUUUGACCGACAUAAACGGCGACACCGCACUCCAUUGGGCCGCUUACAAGGGCCAUCCCGAAUUAAUAAGACUCCUCAUGUACAGCGGUGUCGAUCUCCAAAAACCUGAUUACUUUGGCUCAACUCCUCUCCAUCUGGCUUGCCUCUCAGGAAACGUUAGCUGCGUCAAAAUUCUCUGCGAAAAAAGCAAAAUUGAGCUUGAUCCCAGAGACAAAAAUGGCAAAACUCCUCUUCAACUUGCCAAGAGUCACAGACACUCGGAGGUCGUCAGAAUUUUACAGGGUGAACAGAAACGAAGAGCUCGUUGGAUACCACCCAUUAAUGAACUCUGGGCACUACUUUUCGGUGGUGCCGGAAAUAGCAAAGGACCACUACUGUUGUUCAUGGGUUCCGUAUUGUUGUGGGGUUACCCGAUGUAUUUGCUCAAGUGCAUUCCCAUAACGUGGAACCUUUUACGUGGGAGCCACUAUUUUUUCAUUUACUGGAACAUUCUCAUGUGGAUAUCUUGGAUCGUUGCUAACAGGCGUGAUCCUGGUUACGUGCCACAAAACAGCGACACGUAUUAUCGAGCGAUCAAGCAAAUUCCAUACUUCGACAAGUGGAAAAAAAGAAACGUCAUUUUAUCCCGACUCUGUCACAGCUGUCGAUGUUUUCGUCCUCUCAGAGCAAAACAUUGCAGAAUAUGUAAUCGUUGUGUGACAUAUUUCGAUCACCAUUGUCCGUUCAUUUACAAUUGCGUUGGAUUGAGAAACAGAAUGUGGUUUUUCCUCUUCGUAAUGUGUAUCGCAAUCAAUUGUUCCUUUACGCUUUACUUCGCUUGUUACUGCAUCGCCAUCGAAGGAUUGCAAUUGAUGUACGUGUUGGGACUGAUGGAAGCUUUAGUGUUUUGCAGCCUCGGUUGGAUCCUGACUUGCACUUCGGUUUUACACGCUUGCAUGAAUUUAACAACCAACGAAAUGUUCAACUACAAACGAUAUUCUUACUUGAGAGACAAAAAAGGCAGAUAUUUGAACCCCUUCAGCCGCGGUCCAGUUCUCAAUUUCCUUGAAUUCUUCCUCUACCCGCCGGACCAUCACGCUACGGAUCCCCAACAUUAUCACAUUUUGUCGGAAGAUACUUUGUGAACGUGUAGAGAAAUAGCCUUUAAAAUAAUCGGCUUGAACCUUCGCAGGCGAAGGCACAGCAGCAACGCACAUGAUAAACACAGUUAUUUAUUAUUUAAUAAAUAUAUAAACUGUUGAAUUUUGCAUCGUUGAAACGCAAAUGAAUAUCUUUCCAGUUCUGUUUUAACGAGCAAUUUUGCUGCUACCAAAUUUGGGCUAUGAACGAAGACAUAAAUUCGUAACGUUGCGAAACUUAAAAAUUUGACAAACAAGAUCUCUCAUUGCGUUUCCACGAUGGAUAUUCCGAUACCGAAUGUCGUUUUAUGUGCUCGUCGCAGCACGCACAAUUUUGAUCUCUUUUUUCCUUCUUCUCACUCCAAUCGAACUUGCAUUCAAAAAAAUGUAACAAAAGUUACCAACUUCUUACACCGUAUGUAUAAUUUAUUAAAGCUAUAAAUCGAUUAUUACAAAAUACUGGUUUCAAACUAAAUGCGUCGUUAAAAAGUGUGGAGUUAAGAGAGAUGGUCAGCGAAUUGAAAAAAUUUAUGUCUACAAUAAAAUAAAGAAAAUUACGAAACCUUGAAA